UAACCAACCAAAUCUAUUUCAAUUUCGCAGAAACAAGGUUCUUGCUUUCCUUAUGUCUGCCAACAGGCGAUGUCCGUUUUAUCUUUUUCCUUGGCGCUACCUACACCUAUACUACGGAUUCAUAGGACAAGCGCAGCAUAAAAGAAAACAACACCCCCCUUGCCAAGCUCUCCCUCUCGCAACUAGACCUCUUUCGUCUUCUUCUACUAUAUUAUGUAUUAUAAAGGAAAUAAUGUGAACCCCCGAAAUACCGAACCGCAUGGGCCUUGGGAAACCCGAAAUCAAGAGGAGAGAAAAAUGGGAGAACGACAGAAAAAAGCUAAGAUAUCCCAUGCCCGGUUUCUUGGUAUUGAUGGAAAAGACAGGAGAUAUAUACACACACGCGCACACAUGCGCGGCCCCAUCCCAAACCGAACCCACUAGAACAGCUAUUAAUUAUGGGCAAAAAACGGCCCAACCAAUAACCAAAAGCCAAAAACCUGUUCCUACUGUGGUAUUCCAGAAAGCAAACAACACCCCCUCCGUUUUUUUUUUUGGUUCCGUGGAUUUGAACGCCUCGAGAAAAAUAGACCAGGCCCGACCAAUGAAUAGCAAAAGCAAGUAAUUCUUACGCCGUCCCAUGUCUAACAAAAGAAAACCGUUUCCAGC